AUGCAACAACCAACACGACUGACGGAAGUGACAUCAGGGCUAGCUGAAGUGUCUGCUGCUGUUCUUUUAAUUAAAUACUGUAACGUAGAGUCACCUCUGCAGUUUGUUUACAAUAGCAUCUCCACCAGUGAAAUGGCCAAGCCCUUGACAACGGAUAGAGCGAUUAUGACAGCGGACGGCUUUGAGCCGAAAGUUACUACUACACCUGCGCCUGCGAAAGUUGUUCUUACACUAGCCAAGUCAGAAGUGUCCUACGUUCCUGAACUUCACACGACUGUGUCUGAAGGAGCGAUUCUGAAACCUGCAAUGAGAGCCGUUGAAUUGCAGGCAACGACAACAUCCGAAUCAUUGCUCUCUUCACCCAAGCGUCCGCUGAUGCAUUCGCUGGAAGUGCAGGCACUGAUGUCGCCUAGUCAAGCCGAAACGACAACUCACGUUACAGAGGUACCACAGAGUCUGAUUGUCACAUCGAUUGCAAUUCCGCAUCGCAUUACUACGUCAACGGCGACCAUGACUGAGGCGAUGAUUGAGCCCGCAAAGCCUAUUGUAUUGCACUCUGUUCCACCCACUGCCACAGCAACACCGAAGUCGGAAGUGACGUCGAGUUUCCUCAGACCAGACACCGUUUUCCCAUCGCAAGCACUUGAACGUCCAACUGAAGUAAUUACAAGUGAAUGGAUUUUGGAUCAUACGGACGCCGAGGCUUGGGCGCCAUUGAAGGAAAUGUCAGGCAUUGUAUCAUCAGCAUCUGAAGCACCACUGCCGAAGACUGUUUUACAGGAUAUCAGUGUUUUAACUGAGCCCAUAUUUUCCGGUGUAAACAGAGGAACACAGACAAUUGUGUUUGCUGAGCCAAUGCCUCUUAUUGAAAAGGAAGAAACCGUUACAGUUAGCUCAGCUCCACCAAUUGAGGCGACAUCUGAGCCUACUUCAGUUAGGUUUGGCGCGAUGGAGACACCACUUCAAUCUCUUUGCGAAGGCAGUAUUACCAGUGUGUUAAGCGAGCCAGUAGUUACAAGCCCGGAUGCACAAACAACAGAAGAUUUGGAGCCCAAGAUCAUGUCAACACAAUAUUUCUCUAAGGGCACAACAGUGAAUGCAUCUGCUCAAGUUACACACAUUUCUGAACAACAAGUGGUCGUGACUGAAGAUAUCACCUCUUUGAAGAUGAAAUUGCAGACUGUCGGAGUGCAGGCAGCUGAAAAACCCGAACCCGAAAAAGUGGUACCAACUCUCUCAACUGUGACAACCGUAGGAGUGCAGGCUCUAGCACUACCUGGCUACGUGGAAACGAUUUCGCAUAUUGCAGAAGGGUCGAAGACGGAAGUAUCACGACCAGUCAGUAGGUCAAUCGCCAUCAUGACAGACGUUUUCAUUGAGCCCAAACGACCUACUGUAGUGCAUGCUGUCCCACCAACUCAACCACUCGAACCUUCUACCACUGCAAUUUCCAGUGGUUGCAGUCCAGACUACGCCAAUGUGAGCAUUACAGCUCCAUCAAAGGAGGUCCUCACCACUACGUCUUCAGUGACUGAACCUUUAACACCGAAAGUCCCCACACAGGUCAUUAGCAUGGUUACCGAACUGUUACAUUUAAGUGUUGACGCGUCGACAGAACCGAUGAAGGUAGAGGAGCCAGAACCACUCAUUGAAAAAGAAGAACGUACGUCCGUGGCUCAUGCAGCACCACCAACAGAAACUGCACCGAUUGUCAGUUUUGUUAAACUUGGUCAUUCGCAGACGCCUCCUGCUUCAAAAACAUCAAACUCUGUCUGCACUUCUACAAUGACACUUUUGGAAAUUGCUCCACAAGCAACUGAUGUUGCUUAUGCAACUCCUCCUCACCCUCCCGCUCCUGCUCUUGAAAAGGCAGAGGUAACUGAUAAAUACAUGCAAACGCAACCACCACAAGUUGCUGAAUCGUUGACCAUGACGGAAGUCAGUGUUGUUAAGUCAAUCAACUUGCAGACCGAAGAGAGCGAAUUUAUUUGGGAAGAGGAAGUUCCCACCUACCCUACUAUGAAAUACAAUGCCGUGGAGACUAUUUUGAUGCCUUCAAAACAUCGCAGCAUUCAGUGCUCGCUAAUUGAUUCGCCGGCAGAAUCAAUUGAGCUAACAAGGAGUCCUGAAGAAUUUGCCUACGAAGAAGUUGAAGUGAACGAAACGUACUAUAAAUUCACUGACACUCAAGUAGUGGAAACGCAGACGGAGAGAGUACCAUUGAUGCAUUGGGCAGAGUUCAGCCCAAGCACUGGGUUCAGCAGUAUGCAGUCAACCCGCGAGUUCUACGAAUUGUUCAGAAGUGUGAGAGCAUCCACAUGGGAUCGAUGUGUCACUGAAGAACUGGAGGAAUAUUUCUCCAAUGUUGGCUAUUCGAUGAUGAACACGGACAUAUAUGAUGAAACUUUAAGUAGAGGUUACCUAAAGGAGUACUCAUCUGCGGUUGAGGAGGUGGAGAAGUACAUGGGCGCAGAGGUAGGUAUACAGUUCCCAUACGAAACAAUUGUUCAUGAGCCCUUCGAGUACGAAACAAGCACUAAGAGUGAACAAAGUGUGGAAGAGUCAUACACAAUGCGUCGAAGACUGGGUCAGAUAAGGGAAACCGAAUCCAUUGCCCUUCCAACAACCAAAGACUUCGGCGUUCAAAUCAAGCUGGAACCUGAGACUAGUGUUACGGAAAGUAGUGUGAUUGAAAUAAAGAAAACGGACCAAGUCUUCGCCUAUCAGCAGCCAGUAGAAAGUAAAGCAAUCACCAUUGACCGGGGUCAUCAGACCGAACUCGAUUCCACUGUGACGACUUACCAUAUGCAGAAAACGGACACGGAAACUGCUUACUCACAUAUAACCGAUGUGAUACACGUGGUGGACGAACCGAUGUACGUCAAGACCCAGGUUUGCAUUUCCACUGUGACAGAGGCGUCACAAACGGAACCGCUUUCUUAUGAUUACCUACGCCAGCAACUUGAAGGUCUAUCAAAACCGGAGGCGAAGUCCUUCCGUCAUGACUGCCUGCAUGAUUUGGACAUCAUGACCUACUUCUUCGACCAAGAUGCUCAUGAGGAAGAAUACCUGCAACGAGAACAGGAAAACUACCUUGUUUUGCCGAUGGGACAGCCUGAAACUGAGAAAUUGCCGAUCACGAUUCGCCAGCGCAUUGUCGAAUACGAGUUGUGUGACAUGAUGACUCAGAUUGACGCAAGAAGUUGGAACGACAUCCGCGAGGUAGCUAGUCCGAUCACAGGGCUGUUUGCUCCAGUAAGCUUUGCGAUUCGUCAGGGCUGGAUUCAGCUGGGUGGACAAAAUGAGUACAUCGAUCCAACCACCGGACACGCCAUUCCACUCGAGACGGCACUGGCACAGGGCCGCAUCCGAUUCGCGAACACUGCCUCCCCCAACGGCAACUUUACAUCCUCCCUUGUCUACAUUGAGCGUGAAUCUGCAGUACAGGAAAGAGCAGAUGCCACUUUCGUGCUCAACACUGUAAAUAGGGAAUACAUCCCAAUACGCCAAGCUCAGUUGGAUGGACUGAUACGUAAAGAUGAAAAUCAAGUAACCUGGGUGUUGAACAGUCUUGACAACACAUGGAUAACAGCCGAGGAGGCCAUUUCGCAGAAUAUCCUAAAAGUUGAUAAGAUCUACGAUCAGGAGAGUGAUGAAGAGGUGAUGUGGCGGCAGCAACCGAGUGUGGCCCGCGCUUAUCACGUGACAGCUAUCAGACCAGGUGGUGAACCAUGUGAGUGGCUAAGACCGGAGGACGCAGUACGACUCGGUCUCUUUAACAGACAAACCGGUGAUGUUGCUGUUGAUUGGCCUUCACGCCCAUCUUAUCAGCCAUUUGAGAGUGGCAAAACGCCACCGCCAGAAUUUGCCGUGUCUCAGUGGUGCAACUUCCUCACAGCCCGACAAGCGGGAUGGAUUCGAUUGGUGCCCGAGAUGAACAUCAACAAAUGGAUACCUCUCAGUCAGCCAAGCGGAUCUGGUGGCAAUAGACGCCUGUUGUCGACAUCAAUCAGUCUCCUUUCAAGCAGAGCUGGAAGACCCGAUCAAGAUCAGUCGGAUCUCUACAGACGAGAUGAUUACCAAAGAAGUGGACGUCCUCAGGUUGUAGUCAGACAGUAUUCCCCCUACGCACCUGACACGAUGCACAGUCAUCUUGGAAGCGGGUCUCACUCACCUGAAUAUGAAACAGAAAGUUCGAGAACUCCACCAUAUUUAACUGAAGUAGGUGAGUUUGAACACAGUGAGGUCUAUGUCCUUUCGUCUUCCCAUCACGGGCACAUGGAAGUCUCCGGUGAGCAAAUAUCGCAUCAGGAAGAGCAUUCAGGAAGUCAUCGAACGUUGGAAGUGGGAGAUGGUCAAUUUUACAGCUACCCCGCAACUAGUUAUCCGUCAGAUGGACCUGUAAGCACGGUUCGGCAUGAGUUCGAAGAGAUUCACGCGUAUGAGGACUCUAGUCGUGGUCACUACAGCGGAGAGCAAUCCUCAACGUGGUCUAGAAGUCAACAUUACACAGGGCAAGAACUUUCGACUAGAAUAUCCGACUGCUCCGUCACCACUGCCUUGACCAAAAACUCAUACAGGAUCGCGAAUGAGAGUUCGGAGGAGGAAUUGAACAAGGCCUGGAAUAAAGUGAGAAGCAGUGCCCUAGCUACACAAUACCAUGUGAAUGCUGCCGCUGAAUAUCAUCAGGACAAAUUAGGUGAAAUUAAGAAACAUCUAACUGAACUGGAUCGCCUGCGUAUCGUCUCGAAGUCAAUUACGCCAUUACACAGAGCAGUCCAACCACCUGAGGCUGCAAAAGAAUUUGAGGGUGUUAUUUUGUGCGAUUUUUUGGAUGAGUUGAAUAAGACAUACCUCAGACGAGGCCAGCGCGUAAAGGUGCUGGAGACAGGCCGACCGACAGUGAAUACGAGUACUGUGACUACGGACGAGCCUCCUCCGCUGAAACCCUACUGGAUCGUUCAGAGUACCACUCAGGAGAAACCAAUCAAAAUUCCCUCCGUUUAUGUGGGACUGACAAAAGACGACUCAGAUAGCACUGAUCGUGCUCUCUGCAUCUACGAACAAUUUUUCGACUCGUGGAGUGAUCAAAUCGACGAGUGGUUGUCCACCGGAGUUUUGCAUUUCAUGUCAUUUCUUGAUGAGGUAACACGAAAUAAGGACUUGUGCUUCGAAGAUCCUGAUAAAGUUUCACAUCUUCUGACCGAAUUGGAGUUGUCGUUUCCCCAAAAAGAGGGCGCAGAGACGAAUGAUGAAGUGUGGAAUAAAAUUGCCAUGGAGCAAAUGAGAUACUACAAUUCAGCGAAAUCUCGUUUCCGCAAAGAAAAGUACGCCGACGACUCGGCAAUGGAGCAAACUAUGCAAAGAUUUGAACAAUUUGCUGCCGAGGUGGAACAUCUAGCUUCGGAGUUAGAGAGGGUGCGAGAUGAACUUUCAUCUCUGUCGACGGUGCAAAGGUUGCAGGAAGGGCUGGAUCACGGUUUGUCAAAUAUCGCCUCCGAUUUAUAUGACAAAAGUGGAGGUCACGUGGUUUUGCAAAGAGAAGAAACCAGUAGUUUUGAAAGCUUGCAUAGGGAAUUUGAAGAACCCUGGCACCGGAUACGAAGAACGGCAAUCGAGGUUCAACGGAUUGUCAAUGUGAACGCACUUAAGACCCGGAGAACUGUUGGGAAAGAUAGGGAAAGUGAUUUGAGUAAUACUAUGACGCCUUUUGACAGAGUCUGUGAUAAAUGUCAGGGCCGACUGCAUACCAGACAUCGUUUGAUCAAAGAUGCAGGCAUGUCAGCCAUGCCUGUAGCAGAUUUCUUCAACUUGGAGACCCAGGUCUCCACAUUGAUUGCGACUGCAGGGAGCCAGACAUUGGAGCAACUUUCCUUGGUGCCUAUCACUGAACCGAAAAUUGAGGCCACUCCGAUGGCAGAAAGUGCUAUUAAGGCUAGUGGCUAUUCAGCUAUCUAUAGCGCCCCACCAGUGAACAGCAGGCUCAUUUCUACUGGAGUAAUGUCAUCGAUGCCAAAGCUGCGAAAUCGGUGA